CCUUAGCAACUAAACCUAGCAACUGGGGAAUCAUCAAGUGGUGCGAAUCUCAGCUGAAGGGCCACGGAAAUCUUGCGCUCACGUCGAGCAGUUUCCAGCCUCCUAGGCAAGGGAACAGUCUCCUCCCUUGCCUGGGACUCUGGAACCAUCUCAUUCUGGUGAAAAUAAGAGGCAGCUUAGGACCAGAAACCUUUCGCGGAGAAAAGGCUGACAUGCCCGUCCUAUAUGACAGAUUGCUGAAGCUAAAGGAGGUGUUUAAGUCUAAGUUUGGAUCCAUUCCCAAGUUUUAUGUUCGAGCACCAGGAAGAGUCAACAUAAUAGGAGAGCAUAUAGAUUACUGUGGAUAUCCUGUUCUUCCUAUGGCUGUAGAACAAGAUAUGUUAAUAGCUGUGGAACCUGUGAAAACACACACUCUCCAACUGGCCAAUACAAAUCCCUUGUACCCGGACUUCAGUACUAGUGAUAAUAACAUUCAGAUUGACAAAACCAAGCCUCUGUGGCACAACUAUUUCCUAUGUGGACUUAAAGGAAUUCAGGAACACUUUGGUCUUAAUAAACUGACUGGAAUGAAUUGCUUGGUGGAUGGAACCAUCCCACCAAGUUCUGGCUUGUCCAGCUCCAGUGCUCUGGUCUGUUGUGCUGGCUUGGUGACGCUCACAGUCUUGGGAAUGCACCUAUCCAAGGUGGAACUUGCAGAAAUCUGCGCCAAGAGCGAGCGUUAUAUCGGCACUGAAGGAGGAGGGAUGGACCAGUCCAUAUCAUUUCUUGCAGAAGAUGGAACUGCCAAGUUGAUAGAAUUUAGUCCUCUGAAAGCAACUGAUGUGAAACUCCCAAGUGAAGCAGUGUUUGUGAUUGCCAACAGUUGUGUGGAAAUGAAUAAGGCUGCAACUUCCCAUUUCAACAUCAGGGUGAUGGAGUGUCGGCUGGCUGCAAAGCUCUUGGCUAAGUACAAAGGCUUGCAAUGGGAUAAAGUACUGCGGCUGGAGGAGGUUCAGGCCAACCUAGGGGUCAGUCUGGAAGAGAUGCUGUUGAUCACAGAGGAUGCUCUUCAUCCUGAACCCUAUAGCUCCGAGGAGGUCUGCAGGUGUCUGGAAAUUAGCCUGCAGGAACUGCGGACCCAAAUCCUGAGUCCAAAUACUCAAGAUGUGCCCAUCUUCAAACUGUACCAGCGGGCAAAGCACGUGUACAGUGAGGCUGCACGCGUGCUCCAGUUUAAGAAGAUCUGUGAAGAAGCACCUGACAACAUGGUCCAGCUGCUGGGGGAGUUAAUGACCCAGAGCCAUGUGAGCUGCCGGGACAUGUAUGAGUGUAGCUGCCCUGAGCUGGACCAGCUGGUGGACAUCUGUCGGAAGUUUGGGGCUCAGGGGUCACGACUUACUGGAGCAGGAUGGGGAGGCUGCACAGUAUCAAUAGUACCUGCCGACAAGCUGCCCAGUUUCCUAGCAAAUGUGCGUGAAGCUUAUUACCAGAAGAACAACCGAAGCCUAGCACCCGAGAAGCAGAGUUUGUUUGCUACCAAACCUGGAGGCGGGGCUUUGGUUUUCCUUGAGGCCUAAACAAUGUAAAAAAUCUCAGAGAAACUAUUUAGGGCAUUUAGGAACUGGCAGGACUUCUUAUGCCACAGUAAAUUAAUCCUUUUUCUGUUUUGUAUUAUGAUGAACGGUUGCUAUUAUCAAGAUGUAUUUCCAAAAAGAUGGUUGAAAGCUCUCUAUGCUUCAUAAUGAUUAUUUUUCCAUCUUAAAAUAUGUUUUCUACCAAUAAGAGCCAAAAUUAUUGUUGGGCAGACCUCUUAAGAAUGAUUUGCUGGGAUUUAUUGAUUUCAGGAUUUUUAAAGAUGAAUGGUAAAAGACAAUCAAUACUGACCUCAUGGAUUGGACUUGAAUUAAACAUACUGUUACAGUUAAACUGAUACAAUGGAAUGGUA